UCAUUACGUGUUGGCAGUUUUAUUUUUAAAUGGCUGGAACUGACGGUUUGUAAACAAGCAGCAUGUUACUGUAACGUUAACAGAAUUGAUACUAUACAGGUUGACUAAACUAAUUUGUAGCUCAGCUUACUGACAGCUCGGGGUGUUCUGUCUAGUGUGUACGUAUGUUUUGUUGCCAGCCGUCAUCGCAGCAGCUUGGGACAGCUUGAAAUUUAUUACUGCAAGGCUGGCAUAGAAAUGGCAUCAAUAGCAGCGGCGCAUGAGCCUGCCAUAAGCACAGGCUCCAUACCGCUGGCUGACGCUUUAGUCCCCGCAAGUAUUUUUGCUCCGGAUCGGGGAGGAUGCGGAGACGACGCCGGGGACGAGUGCUUCGAGGACGGGGACAUGUUAAAUGGCGAGCCCGAGGACCAUGGGGUUGACUUCACCAACAAGCUGGCACUUGUUAGCCCAAAUGGAGAGCAGUAUGACUCGUUGCUCCGUCAGCUCCGGGACAGGAUGGAAGAGGGAUGUGGUGAGACCAUCUAUGUGGUUGGGAUGGGCUCAGAUGGUGGUGACUGGGGUCUGGAUGAGAAGGAUAUGGAGGCCUCCGUAGCUACGGUGCACUCUAUGUGUGAGCAGCUGGAUGCUGACCUCAUCCCGCUCCGGGAGCGCAAUGAAGCUGCCGGUUUGGUGCGCGACUAUCUGAUCCGCCGGCGUGUGGGUGAGCUGGACUUCCUGGAGGUCAGGGUUGCAGUUGUGGGUAAUGUGGAUGCUGGUAAGAGUACUCUGCUGGGCGUGUUAACGCAUGGAGAGCUGGACAAUGGCAGGGGCUUUGCCCGCCAGAAGCUCUUCAGACACAAGCACGAGAUGGAGAGUGGCAGGACCAGCAGUGUGGGCAACGAUAUCUUGGGGUUUGACCAGGAGGGACAGGUGGUGAACAAACCAGACAGUCAUGGAGGAAGCCUGGACUGGACCAAAAUCUGUGAGAAGUCGUCCAAGGUCAUAACCUUCAUAGACCUGGCUGGCCAUGAGAAAUACCUCAAGACCACUGUGUUUGGGAUGACUGGACACCUGCCUGACUUCUGCAUGCUCAUGGUGGGCAGUAACGCAGGUAUCGUAGGGAUGACCAAAGAGCACCUGGGUCUGGCCUUAGCCCUGAAUGUGCCUGUGUUUGUAGUGGUAACCAAGAUAGACAUGUGUCCAGCCAACAUCCUGCAAGAGACACUGAAGCUGCUGCAGAGGUUACUGAAGUCUCCUGGCUGUAGGAAGAUCCCCGUCCUCGUACAGAACAAGGAUGAUGUCAUAGUCACAGCUUCAAACUUCAGUUCAGAGAGGAUGUGCCCCAUCUUUCAGAUUUCCAACGUGACUGGAGAGAACAUGGACCUGCUCAAGAUGUUCCUCAAUCUGCUCUCCUCCAGGACUUCCUACCGAGAUGACCAGCCAGCUGAGUUUCAGAUAGACGACACCUACUCUGUGCCGGGAGUGGGAACAGUAGUAUCAGGAACUACUUUACGUGGACUCAUUCGCCUGAAUGAUACAAUGCUACUGGGGCCGGACCCCUUAGGCAGCUUCAUUCCCAUUGCUGUCAAAUCAAUCCAUCGCAAGAGAAUGCCUGUGAAGGAGGUCAGAGGUGGCCAGACUGCCUCAUUUGCUCUCAAAAAGAUCAAGCGUUCGUCCAUAAGAAAAGGCAUGGUGAUGGUUUCUCCGAGGCUGUGUCCACAGGCCACUUGGGAGUUUGAGGCUGAGAUCUUAGUGCUGCAUCAUCCCACUACGAUAUCCCCCAGAUACCAGGCCAUGGUCCACUGUGGCAGCAUAAGGCAGACAGCCACCAUCUUGUCAAUGAACAGAGACUGCUUACGGACAGGGGACAAAGCUUCAGUCCACUUUCGCUUCAUCAAAACCCCUGAGUACCUGCACUGUGACCAGAGACUGGUGUUCAGGGAGGGUCGUACCAAGGCUGUUGGUACCAUCACCAAGCUGUUGCAGUCCACCAAUAAUAUGCCAUCAAAUUCCAAACCUCCACAAAUCAAAAUGCAGUCUACAAAGAAGGCACCCCUCCGAAAAGAGGACGGCACGACGGCAGCUGGUGAAGACGGCCCAACGAUAGCACAGUCAGCUGGCCCGAAUUCGACACAACCUGGAGAGGGAGAUGAAGACCCUCAAAUAAAGGAGGGCAACAAAGAGAACAAGCCAAAGUCUGGGGGAGGUGGAAGGAGAAGGGGUGGCCAGAGGCACAAAGGAAAAGGCCAGAACAUCAGCGCCAACUCCACAGCAGCUCCCUCCUCGUCAGGAAUAGGAAGCUGCUGAGCUGCCUUCUUGUCCCGUUUAUCUCCCUCUCUGCUUUCACUCCACCAAGUGUCUUCAUUCCACAAACCAUGUUUGGAGCAAGACACUUCACUCUUAUUACGCCUUGCCUUUUUUACACCAGUCCUACAGUUGUUUUUUCUUAAAGGGAACACAAAGGGAUAUACCCUUUAUAGAUUUUAAUGUCAGCUGCCUUUACUAUUUUAAAUGGUUUGGCUGAUGAAAGUCGGUGUGAUUUUGAGGUUGGCCUCAUUCAGGAUGAUGUUUAACUGUAUCUGUAUUUCAUGCGUCUAUAAAAUCUACAAUUCAGUCUUCUGGCUCAAUGCCAGUGGCAGGGAAAGAGGCUAAACCCAAAACAAGGGUCCAAUACCACUAUGAGCAGCUACAAAUGAAAGUCCCCCAUACAUUCCCUGUGUACUUGCAAUGAAAAACAUUUACUGUACUAUUUAUACUGCGUAUGUAAACUAGCUGUUAGUUGUGCUCUGAUUGGGAAGAUGCCAUUGUACAAAAUGUAUGCAAAUCAUAAAUGGAUGUAGCAGAGGACACAUAGUGAUUUCCAGUUCUGGAUAUAUUGAAAAUAUAAGCUGUUGCAUUUUAUAACUGUCAGUUAUUUAUUUGGCAUACAUGCAGAACAUAGAGUCUUGGAUGGUCUUAUAUCUUUCAGCCUGUUCUCACUUGCACUCUUAGAUUCAGUAGUAUCAUGUUUCCACGGUCAGUCAGUCAUGAUUAUAACCCUUAUUCCAAUAGUGUUAGUACAAACAAAUACAUCACAUAAUCCUAUCACUCAACAUUUGCUCAUGAUUUUAAGACAUGCAGUACUUGCAGUGCUACUUGUGACUCUGGUACCCCAUGCUUUAUGGCCUGUUGCUGUUGUGACAUUUUGAACACACUUUCUUGCUAAAACCGACCAUUAAUAAACAAGCUUUACUG